UAAAAAAACCUCAGGGACUCUUAUUUUGAAGAACAAUUUCACCUCGCACUUCACACGUUAGCGUUAGCUCUUACUGUCAGUGUGCAGACCUGCGGUGAAAUGUUGAGGCCACCGCGUUUGAUCCACCUGACCUUGUCCUUAGCAGCUUCUGGACGCCAAUGCCACCAUCCACCCCAGAGUAUCCGCCAGCUCUUCUUUUGCACACAGACGAAGACAAAACACACCAGUUCCAUCACACCAAAGCACGCUUCGCUUUGGUUUCCGCAGUAUCAGGCUCUUGCGGCCUGUUCUGAUCUCGCCUCGCAGGAAUACUCGUUAAUCUACGCCUUCCCAGCCAUCAGAGGACUGCGGGCGCUUUCCAGACUCAAGCUGAUACAAACAGGGGUCACCGCCGCUCUCCUGCCCACCGUGUAUUACUUUUACCUACACGGACAGGCGUCGGUCACUCUUCUGACCUACACCACAGGCAUAGCUGCGUUCGCCGCCGUUAUGCUCUACACCAUAAGCCACUACAUUAGGCGAGUGGUGGGGAUGAUGUACCUGGACUCGACCCAACGCAGCUUAAAGGUGUCCCAUCUCUCCUUCUGGGGACACAGGAGGGACGUGUACCUGCCCGUGUCGGACGUCAUGACGCUGGGAGAUACGGGCGACUCUCCAGGUGAACCCAUCCUACGGCUGAAGCGAUACAGCUGCUCCGACACACUGUAUUUCUUCCCCAGGCUGGGGCGGGUGGUCGACAAACAUGGCUUUGAGAAAGUUUUCGGGACUUUGACAUGAUAAGCGCAUGCGACAUUGACCUGUAACCCUUAAAAUGAUGUCUGAUGUAUUAAUUAUUAGCUGUUUAAAAUGAAAAGCAGAUAAAAAGUUGCCAAAAAAGUUUCCCGCACAGCUGUUCUGGUGAAUAUUAGAAUAUUCAGAAGGUGCUUUAGUAUUGACCAGAUUAAUCUCCCCCUGAAAUAACUUGGAGGGGUGGGGGUCUGAAAGCUGAAUGUUACUCACUUUUGUUUAAAUAAGUAUUUAAAUACGACUUAAGUCGUAAAACCGAGCCACAAAAAGAUCCUGUAUUGUUUGUCACAAAAAGCAACAUAUUUGCAUAAAAUCUGCAUAUUCAGUUUAUGGCAGUUUAGCCUCGUCCACUCACAUUGAAGUUAGGGAUGUUGCAGCCUGGAUGACUGUUGUUUAGGCUCCGUGUACCCGGACGUCAUAAACGUCAUAAUGUCAUAAACGGCCCUCGUCCACCUAUAACUCUUUCAUCCAAUCCUCUCUCGCUAUUGUCUUGUCACAUGAUCCGGCGAUGCUCAUGUCAUUUGUGUGUAUAUAAGCUCUGCUAUUCUGAUCAAUAAAUGGUAAAAAGCC